AUGGAAAAAAUAGUUCCAGCACAAGCAAGUUGGAUUACUAGGAAGAUAUUGGAAUUGAAGAACAAGCUGCAUUUGAUACCUGGAAACAAGACCACAAGGAGUUUGACAAAUACUAUCUACUAUAAGGUACUUCCUGAUGUGAGGCCAGUAAUCUGGAAGAGUCUUAUGUUCAAGAAUGAUGCAAGGCCAAAAGCAAGCUUUAUAAUGUGGUUACUAUUGCAGGGAAGAUUGGCAACAACAGAUAGACUAAUGAGAUGGGGCAUAACAGUGGACAUCACUUACUCAUUAUGUCAAGCAGAACUGGAAACUAGAGAGCAUUUGUUUGUGGAAUGUGAUUUUGCUAAAGCUAUAUGGAGGAGACUGCAGAAAUGGUUAAAGUGGCAGCAAACAGUAGAAGAAUGGAAUCAGCAUGUUGACUGGGCUAUCAAAAAUGCUAAAGGGAAAUCACAACAAGCUCAAAUAUUCAAAUUGGUAUAUGCAAAAUGUAUAUAUGCUAUAUGGAUGGAAAGGAACAAUAGAGUGUUUGAAAAGAAGACUAGAAGUUGGGAAAUAAUUGUGCGGGAAAUUGUCUAUAUCUGUUAUGUUAGAGCAGGCCCUAGAGUAAAAGAGUUUCUGCACAGUUUUACAUUUUUAGAUGUCUAA